GAUGUUCUUGAGGAGGAAACGGCUUCAUCCGAUGAAUCUGAAGCGGCGUGCCGGGAGAAACGGCGUGCCGACAAAGAGGCUGCUUAUCGCGAAUACCGCGAAGAAAUGAAGCAAGCACUUCUUCGCGAGGCGGAGAAAAGGAAAACGCAAACCGAGCAGGAAGGUGAUGCGG